AGUGAGAGAUUGACAGGAGAAUCGGAAUACCUGAGAACGAGAUGUCUCUCUUGACGUCGAACGUGUGUGAUACUCACGAAAAGGAGCUUGCGUCUGGGGAGCUCCAAGUUCUAACGCCUGGUGUUUUCCAAUCCUUUGGUCAGAAACGGAUAUUUUCAGGUCGAGUGGUUACAGUGAAAGUCUUGGAGGACAACGUUCUGUUGCGUAGAACAGUAAAUGAACCUGGGAAUGGGAGAAUUCUCGUUGUCGACGGUGGCGGUAGCUUGCGAACCGCUCUUGUAGGUGGAGAAGUUGCAAAGCUUGCGGAAACACAAGGCUGGGCUGGGUUUGUCAUUUUUGGAUGCAUUCGCGACGUGGACGAGAUCAACGACUGCGCUAUUGGGGUUAGAGCGCUCGCCCCGUGCCCUGUGAGGAGCAAAAAGAACGGCGUCGGCGAAAAGAACGUCGUGAUAAACAUCGUAGGGGCUACCAUCAGACCUGGUGAUUUCUGCUGGGUGGACAACGACGGCAUCCUCGUGUCAACCUCCGUUGUUCCAAAAAAACCUUUGAGUUAAGCAACCAAAUUCAUGCGCAGCUUAAUCUCUUAUUAGAAUUCGGCCGUCUCCCUCUUACUUAAUGUCAACUUCUGCACGCUUCGAUCGCUAUCUCUCCUCGUUUCCAAAUCUUUUACAGCAUUUCUCCAUGGCAACAGAAUAAUAGGCGUAGCUUAUGAUGCGCAUGAUAAUUAAUUUUGUCACUUCUGUUGCGCACUUGAAGCUCAAGAGUACUCUCCAAUUCUCACAAUCUUCUACUGAAUAAUUCUUCCUUGUACCACAAU